AUGACCCAGAGGGCUUCUCCUGUGUUCACAGGAUUUUGUGUAAACACCUCGCAGAGUGAGUCUUUCGAUCCCUCUCCCCGGGGCCGCGACGGCCCUUGGCGUCACGUAGAGACCUUUCCCAGAGCUCGCGGGGUGGAAGCGGCGUCGGGCAGGACCAGAUGGACUGGCCCCCAGCCUCUGGUAGACACACCGCCGGCUCGCCAGGCUGGAGAACUUUGCGAAGCGCCCCAAACCGCUCCGGGUUUCCACUUUCAGCCAUUUCUCUCCUUUUCCCCUCACCAAGAGCGGGGACGGAGCAAGCUUUCGCCACCUGUCUCUGGCACCCGCCGAGGGAAGACAGGCCAAUGGAAAGAGGGCAGAGGUUCACACCCCACCCCCGAACCCCCGCUCCUGGCUGCCCGGAGGUGGCUCCACAGCCCGAGGGAACCGACGCCCCCGGGCCGGCUGCCUUCUCCCCCACGGCACGGGCCCCACCCCCAAUCCUUCCGGCGCCCCAGCGCCCACCCACCCGGGCGCGGGAGUGGGAGGGUGCGGCGUGGGCAGCCGGAGCAACAGGCGUGGGAGCAGCACUCCUCGCACUUCUGGCUCCAGAAGGCUCGGUCGCGUCCCUCUUACCUUCCGCGAAGCCAGCCCGGGCCCCGCGCCCGGCGCCCUGCGCGCGAGGAAGCUGCGGCCGGGAGCCGGGGCCGCGGAGGCGCCGAGCGCCCAGCAGCGCGGGGAAGCGCCCAGCAGCCGCCGCUCGCGCGGCUCCUCCUCGCCAGCGAAGUCUCGCUCGCUGCCUCCCUCGCUCGGUCGGUUCGUGCGUCCGUCCGUCCGUGGGGCCCUCCCUCCCCCGCCGCCACUGCCGCCGCCACUGCCGCCGCCACUGCCGCCGCCACUGCCGCCGCCGCCGCUGCCGCAGCCUCCGCCGCUCCAGCCCCGGCUCGGCAGCGCGUCCCCUCCCCGCCUCGCCGCUCCGCUCGCGGGCUCGCGGGCUCCCUCGCUCGCUCCCUGCCCCCGCCGCUGCCGGCGCCGCGCCGAGCGGAGCCCGGCCGGCCGCGGGCUGCCUCUCCCGAGGUCCCUUUCCCGAGGGGGGAGGUGGUGGGGGCGCGGCGCAGGCGGGGCGGGGAGGAGAGGAGAGUCCGGGGGAGGCGGCAAGGCUGCGCCCUCGGCUCCCUUCCGAUCCCCGCGGGCCCAGCGGCCCGAGGCCGGGCCGGAGAGCGCCGAGCCGCCAGGCAGCGGAGGGAGAGAGGAGGAGGACCCGGAGUCUCGCCGCGGGAGGGUGCCCAGGGCGAGGGCGUGCGAGGGGGAGUGACUCCGCGCGCGAGGGGCAGCAGCACCUGCUUGAGACCAAGCCCGGCGACCUGGCAAGGUGGGGCCCCCUACCGCGCAAGCUUUGCGGCUGGUCCCCGGCUCUCAGCUCCGAGGGCAGAGGCUGAAGAGCUGGGCAUGUGAGCUUUUAUUCAGUUGCUAUUAGAGUUUAUUUCACCUCGGUUCAUGAGCAUGUAAAGAAGGAAGAUGGGCCCGCAGGAAGCUGCUGGCAG